GGACGCUUCAGAGUUGACUUUUGCAUGUCUGAAUCAGAUUGAACCCUCCCAUCUUCUUUAGUUGUAUGGUGCGAAAAUGAUAGUGCCCAAUUCAGUUAAUCUUCGAGACCCACUUCGGAGUCGGUGCGCGGGCUCCACCAACGGUCAAAAGGGGUACGGGGUACGCUCCGAUACCGACUACAAGACGUCGUACGCCGCCGACGCGGCUCUUUUUUAUCAUCUUAUCUCUCGCGAUGCUGAAGUGCUGGCAUCAAGGGGGUAAUAGGCUUUCCAGCCCAGCGCCCGUUGUCGCCGUUGCCCAGCCCCGAGGGCAAACUGGUUUUUCACCACCCCCUAUACUAUGCAAGGGGUCGCUGCGACCCCAACGAGCAGCAACCGUCAACUGAAUAAUAGCGACUUGGUUACUUUCAAACGUCAGUACCCACUGAUAAGUCUUGGAAUAUUGAUUUUGGAGUGCGGCACAGUCUCGAAAACAGGCCAAUUGUCAAGUGCCGCAGCUAGCUCCGUGGAACAGAAGCAAGGAGAACAAGAAACAGUAAUCGAGAGUCAGUAUCAGCCGUUUGACUUGCCUUGAGCGAAUCGUCCAUUACGUGCCCCACUAUCCGCCACGACUUACGAGGCAAC